CUCUCUCUCUCUCUCUCUCUCUCUCCCUCAGAACAUCAUCCAUCGCCUUCCACAAUUAUCAACGUUCCUCUUAGAAUCUCUUCUACUACUACUACUACUACUGGGUCUUCUCUGUAACAUCCAAAAUAUAUAUAUGUGUAUAAUUAGAAAAAAAAGCUUUAGAAAAUGACUCUACAAACCUGUCUGAUUUUCGACCUUUCUGUCCUCAGACCUGAGACCACCGUUCUUGCUCUAAAUUAGGGGAUUUUCUUUCCACUUUCUAACCCUGUUUUCCAUCAUCCAUUUUUCCUUCAAAACAAUCCCAAAAUACGUUUCGUUCUUGAUACCAAAUCCAUCCCAAAAUAGUCUCAGUCUCUUUUAUUUCUUAUCUCUUCUGUUCACACAAGUGGUGGUAGUAGAAAGAUCUCUGUUGUUCCUUUUCUUUUCUUGUCUUUUGUGUCGUGCUUUUGUUUUCUGUGUUUUCAGCUUCUUCUUUCCCUUUUCUGUGGUGGUGUUGUCUGUGUUUGUAAAUUCAACUUUUUUUCAAAAACCCAUUUUGGACAAGAUUCAAAAUUUUCAUUUAAUUUAUAAGGUUUCAAAGAAUUUAAUGCCCCAAAAAGGGAACUUCAAUGGCGAAUAGAAAUGGGGGUAUUUUGCUGAAAUUUCUUUUCCAAUAAAAUUCUUAGGUAACUAUUUCCAAAAGAACCAAUUUUCUAUUUUUGAUCGUUCAAUUUCAAGCUGUUAGCCUUCAAAAUUGACCGUUUCAUGGUUUUUAUUCUGUUCCAAAUUUGACACCCUCUCUUUCUCUUUCUCUCGCUCUCUCCCUCCCUCUCUCUGAAGUUCUUGAUCCUUCGUUUUAACCUCAUAAAAUGUACGGAACCCAAAGCAGAAGAGACUUGGCCUUAGAAUUCCAAGCCCAAAUACCCAUUCUGAGGCCAAGCAUUCAUGCUAGGAGGGCAAACCUCACUGUAAAGUUUCAAGAUCUUUAUGGGUUCACAGUAGAAGGCAAUGUUGAUGAUGUUAAUAUAUUGAAUGAGGUUAGAGAGAAGGUGAGGCAACAGGGUAGGGUCUGGUGGGCAUUGGAAGCCAACAAAGGCGCAAAUUGGUAUUUGCAGACUCAUAUUUCAUCAACCCUAAAAUCUUCCCUUAAAUUUUCAGCUUUAGUGAAUGCAAUCACGCUGAAGAGGCUAAUUAGGAAGGGAAUUCCACCGGUUUUACGGCCUAAGGUGUGGUUUUCGUUGUCCGGGGCGGCCAAGAAGAAAUCAACGGUGCCGGAGAGCUAUUACGAUGAUUUGAUCAAGGCAGUCGAGGAUAAAGCCACGCCGGCAACGCGCCAAAUUGAUCAUGAUCUACCGCGAACCUUUCCUGGUCACCCAUGGUUGGACACCCCAGAGGGUCAUGCUGCUCUCAGACGUGUCCUUGUGGGAUAUUCUUUCCGUGAUUCUGAUGUUGGUUACUGUCAGGGUUUAAAUUAUGUUGCAGCUUUGUUGUUGCUUGUGAUGAAAACAGAAGAAGAUGCUUUUUGGAUGCUCUCCGUCCUUCUGGAAAAUGUUUUAGUUAAUGAUUGUUACACGACUAACUUAUCAGGAUGCCAUGUUGAACAAAGGGUAUUUAAAGAUCUGCUGGUUAAAAAAUGUCCAAGGAUAGCUGCUCAUUUGGAAGCUUUGGAGUUUGAUGUCUCCCUUGUUGCCACUGAGUGGUUCCUAUGCCUCUUUUCUAAAAGCUUGCCUUCAGAGACAACUUUGCGGGUGUGGGAUGUUCUUUUCUAUGAGGGGGCAAAGGUUCUCUUUCAUGUGGCUUUGGCUAUUUUUAUGAUGAAAGAAGAAGAAUUGCUUAUGGCACAUCAGGUUGGUGAUGUUAUUAACAUAUUACAGAGGACCACUCACCAACUAUUUGAUCCUGACGAGUUAUUGACGGUCGCUUUUGAUAAGAUCGGCUCCAUGACAACCACCACUAUAUCAAAGCAAAGGAAAAAGCAGGAACCAGCAGUCAUGGCAGAGCUUGACCAGAGAUUGAGACGGCUUAAUUCUUUGAAUGGGGAUGACAAAUAAAGUGAUCACUUGGCAAAAUGUCGAACUGUGACACAUAACACUACUAUAUCCGACAUCCUAGUUGGUGUAUGCUGCCCUGUAAAAGAUACCGAAAGCAUGCUUUCAAUCCCUUGGAAGAAAGAACUGAGUGAAGAGAGCACCCUGUUGUUAUCCAUGUUUUUAGGUGAAUGUAAAUUGUUUAUUGUUUCAAUUUAUACAGUUGUUUAUCCAUACUGCAAUUCAGGGCAUUGCUGAAUCUGCCCUGUAAUUUUGAUGUUGUUGUUGAAGCC